CCCGUCCAUUUCGUGAAAUAUAUAAGCAGCCAUGAAAUAUUUAAUGGUGAUAUUAAUUUUGUUAAAAUUAUCAAGGAUAAUAACAGGUCAGGGUACAUGUAAAAAAGUGAAUUCUUGUAAAUGUAAAUUAGACGAUGGAAAAGUAAUAGACCUGGACCCAGUGGCAAAAUCAGGCGGACCUGCAUAUCUUGAUGUUACUGACGUUGCACAGGUUGAUCAAUACUCGUGGAAUCCAUGCAAACCAUUCUCAGAAGGAGCAUGCACCAAUGCAGCGGUAUGCCAGACUCACGGAGGUAUACAGUAUAACUGUGGUACACAGGACAGCGCUGUGUUCGGAUACGAUACUGGUAAUGAUCUCUACACAAUAACGUAUAGUGCAGAUACCGUGUCCAAAAGCAACGACCUUAGAACAACAACGUUAUAUCUAAAAUGUGAUCAAGGUCCGGAUGUUUUCACACCUGCAGGGGAGACAGGCUCGGCAACCUAUGUAUUAACUUUUCAAAGUAAAUACGCAUGUCCCCGGAAGGACAGUGGUGGAAUAUCAGCAGGGAGCAUACUAAUUAUAAUAUUUUUUGGCCUGUUAUUUGUUUAUUUAAUUGGCGGAGUGUUAUUCCAAAUCUUUAUAAGGAAAAAUAGUGGCAAGAAUGCUAUUCCUAAUUCCAGUUUCUGGUUUGGACUUCCCGGUCUCAUUAAGGAUGGUGUGCUAUUUAUAGUUCGACGGGGAAAGAAAAAAGGAUCCUAUAACAGUAUUUGAGACUUGAAAAAAUACCAUCUUAAAAAAAA